CAGUAGCCCAGCUUUCGUCCUAUACUUUUGUCGCUUCCAUGACACAGUGGCAACCGAUGCUUGCCUAUUCCAGGGACCUAGCUCUGCCAAGGCGGCUAGAGGUCAUCUGGAAAGCGUCUUGCCUAGAACCGCUCUAAUUCAGAACGUCCCCUCGGUCCUCCUGCGGAGUCCUCCUCUAGUCCUGGUCCAGAUUCACAGAAAGCGCUGGGGAGUGGGGUACACAGGUGCGCAGGGGAAGAAGGGCCACUGAAGGCGCCGGUGAUGAACCCAACGCUCGAACCUGCAGAUCCAGAGCGAAGUAGAAACUGAAAGUACACUGCGGCAGAUCCUACGGAAGUUCUAGGAAAGGCAGAGCGCCCAGCCGGGCCGUGGCGUGUGCCGCUGCCCCCACCCCCUCCCCUGGGAUGGAUGAAGCGGCGGGCGCGGCGUGGGGCAGAGGAACCAGCCGCAGAGGCACCAGCUGCAGAGGCGUCCGCUGGACCCAACUACCGGCCCCUCCGAGCACACGGUGGUCCUCGCAGUGAUCAUGGGCUGUGAGAGUGCGCUCCUGCUGCCGCUGCGGUCAUCAUGACCACGCCCGCCUCCCGCAGACCAUGUUCCAUGUUUCUUUUAGGUAUAUCUUUGGAAUUCCUCCCCUGAUCCUUGUUCUGUUGCCAGUAGCAUCAUCUGAUUGUGAGAUUGAAGGUAAAAAUGGUGAAGAAUAUCAGCAUAUUAUAAUGGUCAGCUUCAAUGAGUUGGAACAUAUAAGAGAAAAUGCUAGUAAUUGCCUGAAUAAUGAACCUAACUUUUUUAAAAGGCAUUCAUGUGAUGAUGAUAAGGAAGCUACGUUUUUAAAAACUGCUGCUCGCAAGUUGAAGCAAUUUGUUAAAAUGAAUAUCCCUGAGGAUUUCAAGCACCACUUAUCAGUAGUUUCACAGGGCACAUUAAAACUGUUGAACUGCACCAGGAAGGAUAAAGAAAAAAAACAACCUACCCUGGGUGAAGCCCAGCCCACUAAGAAUUUGGAAGAGAAAAAAUCUUUAAGGGAACAGAAAAGACAGGAUGAAAUGUGUUUCCUAAAGAUACUACUAGAAAAGAUAAAAACUUGUUGGAAUAAAAUUUUGAGAGGCCCUAAAGAACAUUGAAAAGUAUGGUGUGACAAUAUAAAAAUGUGUGAACUUUAGUUGCGUCCUUCAAGAACUGAUCUGCUCAUGCAAUUUUUUUGGAGAAGAAUGCCUUCUAGAAGUUACUGAAUGCAUCCUGGUAAGAAUGGGUUAGAGCAGUUGAGAAAUACACACUGUGGUACUUCAAGAUGGACUUAAACAAUGGAAACUGAAUGCUGCAAUCAAUAAAAUAUUUCAUGUGUAUGUGGACACAGAUCGGCUGGUGUUAAUUUUGUGCUGAUGUUUGUAAGAUGAUUCAUGUAAGGUAUUAGCUGCAAUAUUAAUUAUUUAGACCUAUUAAAAAGUUGAAAAGAAAUUAAAAUCUGUGAUGUAUAUAAAGGUUACAAGAAUUAAAAAUGAACAUUGCUUUAUUACUAAAAUAUUUUAUGGCCUCCACCGCAUCAGUAUACUGCAGUAAGUGUGGAAAUUGUUGUCAUCUGUGCUGAAAAUGUUUCAGAGUUAACAGUGAGCUAUGGAUAAUGCCCAUGCAAACAGGUCAUUUAUAUUACUUAAAGUAACAACAUAAAAGAGUACAAGAUGCUUAAGAAAGGUAUUAAGACAUGUAAUUAAACAUGAAUGUAUUGCACAGUGCCUGUAAUAAAUGGCAUAGCAAAUGUUUUAAAAUGAAAACUAAAGAAUAAUUUCACAAAGUAGGAAGUCAUCUGUUCUAAGGAUGCUAAACCAUAGUACUGAGUUUCUUCUGUCAUUUAUGUGUAAUAAAACAUGUCUAAAUGAGCUUUCAAUUUGGGAAGUAUAUUUUUAAGAGAAUAAUAUAUGUUUGCCUUUUAAUUAAUGGAAUGUAUAUAUUUAAUUUUGAUAGUAUAUCUGUAUAUUAAACUAUUU